AUUCAGACUGGGCUUCGUCUUCCAAGGUUUAAACACAAUUAUAACGUCCUCAUAACAACCAUCAUCGCUGCUUAUCAAGACAUCGUGAAACAGCAUCCUUUCCAAAAUGGUAGCAAAUAAAAAAAUCUAUGGACAAGACGAUAAUCCAAGCUCAAAUAACGUGCAUUCGUUGCUAUCGUUUAUGAAUCUAGCAUCGAAUAAAGUUAAGACCGCCUUGGAGAAACCCAACACUUUUAAAAGGAACAUUAAUCAUCGAAGAUUUUUACAAAAACAGUUCAGAGCUAUAGUAAAGAAUCCGGAGAAAGGCGGCGCUGGCAAAAAAUCUUUCACCAAAGAUAGCAUUGAGUCGAUGAACUUUACGCUUCGUGAAUGCAAUGGUCAGAGUUAUCCGCCACCCCUUACGCAUAAUUUUUUGCAGUUCAAUACGCUUCAAACAUCAAAUCCAAAUUUGGGCUUUGCAGAGCCAAGCUUUCCCAUUCCUUUUGCAAGGAAUGCUGCUUGUGGCAUUGAAAAUCUCCCAGAAAGGCAAAUGACGUGCCAUGGACAAAUAAGGAAACAGAGCAGCUGUCUAUAUCAAGCACCAGAAGAGUACUCGUCGAUCACGUCAACACCAGAGCUGGUUGUCGAAGAAGACUUUUUGACAUGCGAAGAGCUGACUCAGGCUCUUGAACUUAAAGAUCUUUUCAUUCCAGACACGGACCUAACUCAGUAUCUUUUGAAUGGUAAAGAGAAUAUUGGCGAUUUUUGCAACAAUGAUGGAUCCCUAGGCAUGGACAAUUGGCAAGCUCGCGGUAGUUUUGGAUUGCAAGAAGAUAUUUUAGUAUUUUAGCAGUUUCUUUGAACAUCGACCAGGAAAAACUGUCCUGUCUUCUCGAUGUAAUAACUGUUUAGAGUCUGUAAGUCUCUGUGAAUGAGUUGAUAAUUUGGUAUAAAUGCCUCAGGCAAAAGAAGAAUAAUUAGGCUGCUUUCGUUCGUUUUGUUUGAGCUGCCUGAAUUUAUGCCAGAAAUAUGACCAACUAAGAGAAUAUAUUUUCAAAAGCAGAAAAAUAUCGAGUUCUUCAGGUAACUCAGACACAAAUCACGGUAUCUCAUCGUAGUACGUGGGCUCGCCUAAAUCAGAAUUAGGACAGCAAUUUAAAACAAUAUUUGUUUAAAUGCUCAGUAGCUACGUAGCGAAAAUAGUUGAUAGGAUAGACUUGUAUUAUAUUGUAAUUAUAAAUUUUAUUGCUUACAACAGCUCGCUUAUAUUGUAACUGUCACGACAGCACCGCGCGU